AUGUCUACGUUUCAGAUCAUGGCCAGGAAGCGAGGUCGGGACGACGAUUCAGACUCGGAUUUGGAUGAGGAGAGGUACCUCAAGAAAUGCCGACCAGGGAGCCACGAGCUGGCAAGCCAUGGUCAAUUCCAACCCCAACUACUGUCAAACCUACCCCACCGGGGCUCACAUACGCCUUCUCCCCCAAGGCUGUUCACGGACAUCCGGUCCAUGACGCCAGCGCAAUCAGAACACGGAGGAGCCUACUCCCCGGAUUCGAUAUAUGGUGGACCUGUUCGUAUAUCAAGAGAGUCAAGUGGGAUGGAUAUGGAUACGGAUAUGGACGACGAUGAAAUGGACGUUCGGAGCCAGCCGCCAGAGUCGCCUGCUUUCAACUCGUUUGGUAACAACUUUAUGCGACCAGCCAUGCUCCAACCGUCUUUAUUUAAUUCAGACGCUGUCAACAACAAUAGCCGGAUACCUACACCCAUACACCCUACUUUUAAGAGAGGAGGAAUGAACGGAUUAGGAUACCCCAUGAGUGGCUCAGCAGGCUGCAUGGCUAUGAACAACCUGCAUCUACCUUCUAUGCAGGCAUCUCCACCAGGCUGGAAGGGACUAGGGCAGGACACGGACGACGAUCGGGGCAGACGUAUGCCCUCGCCCAUCUCAGAGGACGAGGACAUUCCGGAUACGCCGACUGCGCUUACCCAAUCACAGCUAUCGCGACUUAGUUUCUCGCACGCCAGUACGGCCGACCAGAUGGAUACCGAGUCUUCCUCAACGUUGGCCCCACCGCCAAUAUCUCGUGGAAGAAAACGAAGUGGUGCAUUGACGGGUAUGGGACGUUUCAGCAUGGGUUAUCGGGAGGACUGCGAGAAGUGCAGACAGAGGGUCCCAGGCCAUUAUUCGCAUUUUCUGCCGUAA